AGUUUUUCGCGAUCUUCUCUCAAAAAUUUUUCUUUGAAUAGUUGAAACGUCAACAAUCAGCUUAUACUGUUGGAAAUCAUAACGCCAAAACGAUGUUAAUGUUAAACAACUUUAAAGGUAAGUUUUCCGAAGAAUUAUUAAAAUAAAUUAUUUUUUUUUUUUGUUUUUGUGAAAAUAAGUUAUUAAUGCACGUGUAGUAUUUCAAGAGAUAAAUUCAUGAAAAUAAUUAUCUUUUUAUUUAUAAAGCAUUAAAUUAUAUAAAAUAUACAUUUAUUAAUGAUGAUCAUGAAUUUAUUCCUGUUCUUAAUUUAUAAAUAAUGUUUUUGAAUAGAAAAGUUCGAUCAAGAUUAUUAAAUAUUAAUGGUGUAAAUUGAUUUGAAAAACUUCUUUUUGUUUUCACUUUAUUUUAAUAUUGUUUUUUAUUUAGGUGAAAUACAAAAAUAUGUUAGUGGACAAUUUCAAAUUGCAAUCUUAUCGUUUUUUUAUUAA